UAUAUUUCAGUUCUUUUUUUUGUACCACAGCACAUAUAAGUGACAUAGUUUUCCUUUUUAGAAAUAAAACCUUUUUAUAAAACUUAAAAACGUCUACAGGCUGCUUUGCUUUUAGAAGCAGGAUUACUUCACUGAGCCUCCAGACGUGAGGCCCGUUUUUUUGGUUGGACCAUUUCCACUUAAAUCCACAGACAAUCCAGUGUUCAAAGAGCCCUUUUUCCUCAUAAAUAACAGCGGAAAACACAAGGGUCUGUAAACACAGCAGCAGCUGGUUAUAAACUCCUCCCUGGAUCACAUGUAACACAGGGGAAAGGUUCAGGCUAUGCAAUGUACCAUCGAAUGAUGAUAGUGGUUAUUAAGAACAAGCGGUGCGACUUGUGAACGGAUGUUUUCAUUUUCCCCACGUAGACUGGUAAGAUUUUAUUGUUAGUUUUAAUGGUUUGUGUGUGCUGAGGGUGUAUUACUGGUGUUUGGACUAUUUAGAAAAUUACUAAAGUAAUGUUUUGUAUUAAUCUAGUAAAUCUUUUUGUUAAUCAUUAGAGGGUUAAUUAAGCAGCAUCCUUCUCACUUGAUUGAUAAGAUAUGGUAUUAUCUCUUUUAAUAUAUCUUUUUUUUAAGUACAUAAGGGAGUAAGGAAAAUACUUUUAACUAUUUUGCAACAUUAAAUGGGAUUUCCCAUCCUGCCUUUAUUGACCUAGCCCCAGCUGACAGUGUAAGCAAAGCAUUGCGAUGACAGAGUAGCGUCAUGCAGUGUUGAGCUGUCUGCCCAUAGCUCUUUAGGUCAAUAAAAGGAGUUCUGUGUGCCAAACAAGCUGGGUUUUGCUAAGCAAAGUUAGAGAGAACUCUGGAGAGGCAUUUGACUGCUCAUGUGGAAGCCAGCUCCAGUCAUGUGCUAGUCCUUCUCUGAUCAGCGCCUAAUGAGUGGGGAGUUAUGACGUCCUGCUAAGCCUGUGUGAUGGUCCUACAGCCUCAGACUGAGAACUGCAGCUUAGGUUGAAGAAUUUAACCUUAUAAGUUGUUAUUUUCCCACAUGUGUCUCAACUCUCAUGGUUUGGGACAUGUGAAAACCAGCAAAGCGUUGUACUGUGAGCUCAACUCUGUGGCAGGUUCAGCACUCAGCUGCACAAUGGCUAACUGGGACUAUGACUAUCUGAUCAAGCUGCUGGCUCUGGGGGACUCGGGAGUGGGAAAAACCACCUUCCUCUACAGGUACACUGACAACAAGUUCAACCGCAAAUUCACAACCACGGUGGGCAUCGACUUCAGGGAAAAGAGAGUGGUUUAUACAGGGACAGGUGUAGAUGGGGCAACUGAGAAGAACUUCAGAGUUCACCUUCAGCUCUGGGACACAGCAGGACAAGAGAGAUUCCGCAGCCUCACCACAGCUUUCUUCCGAGAUGCCAUGGGAUUCCUGUUGAUGUUUGACUUGACCAAUCAGCAAAGUUUCCUCAAUGUCAGAAACUGGAUGAGUCAGCUGCAGGCCAACGCGUACUGUGAGAGUCCAGAUGUGGUGUUGGUGGGCACCAAGGCAGACGUCAGAGACAUGAGAAGUGUUCACGCCAGGCAAGCCAGAGAUCUGGCAGACAGAUAUGGCAUCCCUUACUUUGAGACGAGUGCAGUGACGGGUGCUGAUGUGGACCUGGCGGUGACCACCCUGCUGGAUUUGGUGAUGAAGAGGAUGGAGCAGAGCACAUACGGGGGCCAAGGCUCAGAACCCAAUGGGAGUCCCGUCUCCAGCCAUGAAGUGGAGGAGGCAUCUGUAAGGAGGAGGUGUGCCUGCUGAUGUUGCAACCACCAGCUCCUCUUUUCUCUUUUACACCAUAUAUCACUGCAUUCUGAGAGCCUACCAUUUUCUCGAGAUCUACAACACUGCCUGUGAAAUGAGACAUUUGAGAUCCUAAAACCAAGCAAAAUAUAAGCCCACACUGUACAUGAACGGAGAAGAGCUUGAGAAAGUUUCAUUUAAAGCAUUAUUAUUGUUACAGUAUAAAUUUGUCUUGUAUUGUUAUUUAUUCACACACUUUGUAUUGUCAGAAACAACAUAAAAGAAAACUGCAAAAUGAAACAACUGUAUGUCCACUUAUAAAAAACUGCAGUACUAUGUAGAAGUCUUGAACCCCUUAUUUCUUUAUAUUUUGCAUCCAAGGAGCCAAACUUUCUUAUAAUGUUGGUCUUUACUUUCUGAAGGUUAUUCAAGGUUUUACUUUGGACACUGGCUGUUUUUAACACGUUUUCAGAAGAAUGUUUUUUAAGCCACUUUAGCCUGACUUAUAAUCAUUCAACUGUAAAAUAUGCAACUCAACAGAUGAGCCAGGGUUGUGUCUACACAUAACAGACAACUUAGCAAAUAACCAGUGAAAACCUGUGUCUUUCAAGCUCUUUACGAUUGAAAACUCAAUUUUUACUUCUUAAACUGUAUUUCCAUAUAUGUCUGGACAUAUUUCAAAAACAUUCCUGGCCUUUAUUCCCAUUUUCCAAGUAAAAUAGUGGUAUAAAGACUUACACAGCACUGUGAACAGGUAAAAUGUUGGCUCUUUUGACAUGUUUGUACAAACACACCACAGAUAAAGAUAUGGGUUCAAACAAAUGCCCCAGAGUAAUUUUCAUCAUUCAAAUAAAUGAUUAAAAAUAUAGAUAGAUACAAGACAGAUGAAAAAAGUAAGUACACUGAUACAUUUAUCUUUCUUUAAGUGUAAAAUAAGGUGGAUGGGUUACUAGUGUUUUGAAGAACUUUAUGCAGUGAUAUUUAAACAUGUGGUCUGUCUUAUUUAAACGUUUGACAUCUUGGGUGUGUUGUUCUUUUUGUCAUUGAACUGUGUGGUGUCAGUAUCUGAAGAACUCUCAGAUUUCCUACAGAAACCUAUGAAAUCUUUGAAAUAAUCAUUCCACUGUAAAGUAAAUCAUAUACCAGUGGCAAAUAUAGUCCUCAAAACUCAGUCAUAGUAUGUGCAGAUAACUGUGUGUGUGUGUGUGUGUGUGUGUGUGUGUAUGGGUUACUCCCCGUAGGGAAAUUACUCCUCUGUAUUUAACCCAUUCACCCAGUGAAGCAGUGGGCAGCCACCAAUGCAGCGCCUGGGGAGCAGUGCGUAGGGACGGUACCUUGCUCGGGGGUACCUCAGGGUAGCCGCUCUGUGGAGUCGAACCCCCGACCUUCCAAUCAUGGGGCAACCACUCUACCUACUGGGCAUACAAAAUCUAGGAAAGAGAAGACCAAAGGGUGGUUUCCAGAGGAAAGUCAUACUAAGUGUGAUGCAUGGUGUUGGAAAUUUUCUGGUCUGGAGUUGCUUUGCUGCCUCAGGCAGCUGGUAGUCAAUGAUUCCACUCAGUCACAGAUAAUGUGAGGAAAGUUGUCUAAAAGUGGAAGUUAAAAUUAUCCAAAGCCACUAACUGUAUAUAAAAGAUGGACAUAGCCUCUGGCUCUGAAUGCCAAUACAGACUAACAAUUCCAACAGACUUCCAGUUCCAAAGAAGUUUUUUGGGGGAAAGGCCCUUGGCUCUCAAUAAACAUUUUCUUGAUUAAUUUAUGGGUUGGUGACAGUUUCCAGUUAUAUUAAACACAUCCUGAAGUUCAUAUGUUAAAAUGUAAUAUUUGUAAUAAAAGGUUUUUGAUUUAAAAACUGUAAAUCCCAUUGUAGUCAGAUCCAACGCUGGGCUUGUAAGGUGUAGUUUUAAAAAGGUGUAAUAGCAAUGGUGAAAAUACCCAGUGUGGGGCUUUACAAGAGGACUUCACUAUAGCCACUUACAUACAGUCUAUGUGUGUCCUAAGCACCACUGCAAAUCCACCCAGAAACAGUUGGAGGGUUAACAACAGUGUGAAAUAGUCUAUGCAAUAAAACCUUUGAGCAUUUAAGCAUCUUGCAACUGGUGGAAUCUUGCAUGGAAGAGUAGUAAAAAUGCAAGAAGCUGAAAUUAGGGGACAAUAAAAAUGUCUCUACAUGUAAAGUAUAUGUGACUUUAUGUGUAGCCACUAUUUCAAAAAGAAUAAGAUGUUUGUGUGUGCAAAUAUAUUUAUUUUCAAUUUCAUUUUACAUGUCUGUAAUUAUUGUUAGUUUACUUUAAAAAAAAAAAAGAUUUUCAUCUCCAAAUGGGUCAUACCAGAGAAAAAUACUAUUUUAUUUGACACGUUGAGGCAUUGAUGGAAGGAAUAUGCAGGCACAUAAUGUAUAUUUAUCAUGGAAUAUAAUCAAAAAA